AUGGCAUCGGCAUUGAACGACAAUGAACUGUUGACCUUGAUCAAGAAUCACAUUCAACACAUGAAGCUCGUUGGAUAUGAAGAUAUUGGUUCAUCAUCCAUGCUCAAACCAUAUCAAGUCAAGAUUGAUAAGGACAAGCUGAACAGAAUCAAGAAGGAGAUCAGAACAUGUUUGAGACUGGUUGGUCCUCCAGUCCAACCAAUCAUUCCUCCCGAGUUCCAAAACUGCUUGGUCUCCACCUGCAACAAAGAUAUGUUGUUGCUAUCACUGGAUACAAUGAAAUGGACAAAGAUUGAGAAUGCAUUCAAGAAUCAAGUGUCUGGCCAACCCAACUCUAUGGUCUACGCUCGUGGCAACAUCUAUGUGUUUGGCGGCGAGUCAUCAUCUUCAACAAGAUACAUGCGAUACUCAUUGGCUGAGAAACAAUGCUAUGAGGCAGAAAUGCUUGGUGUCCUUGGAGGCAGCGAAAUCUCGGCCUGCUACGAUGGCAAUGAGUUCAUCUACUUGGUGGGUGGCGAUACCCAUCAUAACUCCUUGGACCGUGUCGACCGGUUCAGCAUUGACACUCAGCAGUUUGAAAAAGUUGGUCAUCUUUCAAUCGGUGUGACAGAUGCGUUUACCAUCUUCCACGACGACAUGCUCUAUAUCGUUGGCGUGCUGGAUGGAUGUAGCGACCAUUACAUCACAGUGUACAACACAGAACAAGUUCUACAGGUACGAAUUGUCGACACGAACAAAGGAAAAGCUGGCAAAGUAUCCUGGCCAGGACGACUGUAG